AUGGACCCGCCACCGGUCGACUCCGAACCUUCUCGCUUCUCCUUUUCUUCCUUCUCUUCUGUCCCUGACGGAGACCCUGAGGCCGGUCAGCUCGUGUCUGCGUCGCUGCCUGCUGCCUUGCUUGACUCGCUAUGGCUGCCUUCGUCCAUUGACCUCCUCGCUGCUCGCCUCAAACUCCUUCACCUGCGGGCGGAGCGGAACGCUCGCUGCGUUUCCCCUGCGCCCCUCGCUGAUUUUUCUCCUGGCGGUCCAGCUGCGCUUGCGCCGUCUUCGGCCUACGAAGGACGGGGGGUGGACUCUGGCGAAAGGCAGGCGCCAGAAGAGAAGACGCGCGAGGACGCAUGCGCUUCGCUGCAUGCAUCCAUCGAUGCCUUUGUCUUUCAGCCGCAGAAUGCCCUGAAAGGCGGUUCUCCGUUCGCCUCAAAUCCUUUGGCAGCUGGGACCCACCAGAAUGGCCGUGUGACAGCGGAGGCGCGGGCGGGCGGCGACUCGCGCCGCAGCGCUGACGCGGGAAGCCGAGACUUCGCUCCCCGCACCAGCGACUCUGCAUGCGCGCCCUGCGGGCCUCCCAACCCCUCGCGGAACCGAGAAGAUGACAGAAAAGAGGAUGAGAGUGCAGACGGAGAAGACAAAGGGAAGGGGCGUGACGAGCCUGGCCGCAGGAAAGGUGGCGCCUUCGGAGAGGAAGAGCCGGUCUUGAGAGAGAGGACGGAGAAGCAAGAAGGCAGGGCGAAGACGGGCGAGAAUGCUGGCGUUGCGCUGCCACGACUUAAAAGGUCACGUAUCAAGGGACGAGAAGCCAUUCGCGGCGUCGACGUCCUUCUGCACUAUUCCAGCACUCUCACGCCUCAAAGGGAAGUGAUGGCCGCCGUCAUUCAGGCGUGCCAAAGCGAGAAACACGCCAUCAUCGAGAGCCCCACAGGAACCGGGAAGACGGCGGCUCUCCUUUGCGCGACCCUUGCGUGGCAGAGAGACGCUCAAACGGAGGCGAACAGCAGAAACGUGGGGCGGAUUAUUUACUGCACGCGGACUCAAAAGCAAGCAUCACAGGUGAUUGGCGAACUGAAGAAAAGCCCGUACCAGCCUGCCGCCGUCCAGCUCGCAUCGCGCUCGCACCUCUGUCCCUACAUGAAUCCUUCUCUUCGAUCGUUUGUUAUCUCUGCCGCUUCCCACCACCUCUCCCACGAGUCUUCCUGUUCUUGCCCCUCUCGUUCCCCCUCGUCUGCCUCUUCUUCCUCUUUCUGUCCUGAGGCUCGGCCGUCUCCGCCGACCUCUCUCCCCCCUGCUCUGCAUGCACCUUCACUGCCUGCCGCGUCUCCUGCCGGGGGACACCCCAGAGGGAAACGGCAGGGGGUGGAGCCGCCUGUGUGCUUCGACGAGACAGACUCCACGAGAAAACGGAAGAAUGAGGAGACCGAGAAGAACGAACCGCUCGAGAAGACAGAGGGAGCUCGUGGCCCUCAGCCUGAGACAGGGCACGAGGAGACGAGCGAAGCUUCUUUGCCUGUCAAGGCCGAAGAACCCAACGGGCUUCGGCCCGAGACGAAGACGGAGCCCGCUUCAGAUUCCCAAAAAAGCCGUAGAGAGCAAGCGAAUGGAAAUCCGUGGUCCACACCGAACAGGUUUCUUCGCGUCAAACAGGGCCCUGUCUCUUCCGUCGCGUCCAAAAGGACCGCUUCGUUUCCGGGGGCGCGGAACAAACACGGGAGCGACUCGGGGUCGAGCGGGGGGCUGUCUGUCACCUUUCCUUCUGCGGAAAAGGGUGGCGCGUCAACUGUCUCGCAUUCCCGCCUUCCCCACAAAGAGAAGAAGUAUAUCCAGUGUUCUCUGGACGCGCUCCUAGCAAAGAUGAAGACCCGCUCACCGCGCGGAGAGGCCAGAGGACUCAUCCACACGACGGACCCCACUGUUCGGUCGCACCGGGAAGGGAAGGAAGAGAGGGAAGGCGAUGAGUCGGCAAGACACAGCGCCUGGCUCUGCUCGAAACGCAGAGAAGCGCCGCUGUCUGCGGACGCCAGCAGAUUUCUUCGGCAGCUGCUCCUUCUCCCCGCCGCUGUUUCCUCCGGGUCUUCGCUGGCAAAUUCCGCGCGCCUGGUGGAAGACGACGAAUGUCGGCAAUCCGGGACGCGAGUGGACGCCUGGCGGCGAAGAGCCGGGCGAUUUCGCGACAGAAGCGAAACGGACAGCUUCGCCUUUCUCCUCGACAGACUCCUGGGCUUUGCUGUCGACAGCUGUGCUGCGCGUGGCCGCGAAGCCUCGGCGAGCUCCCCCCAGAACGCAGCUGCUUCAGAGAGAGCCGAAAACGAAGAGGAAGAAAACGCUGGAGAGGAAGACGAUGCGGGAGACGGCGAGGCACACGAGAGCGGCGGCGGUGCUUGGACGUGGGCGACGGGGCAACAGCCUGAGACGAGGCGUUUGGCGCGCAGCCUUGGAGAGCGAAAGCGAGUCAAGUUGAGCGGGGAGAAGGGGACAGAGCUGGCGACAGCUUCCUCGCUCCGUCGGAAUGCGAAGAGCGGCGCGGAGAGCUGGCAGGCUGCGCGUCGACCUCAGGACCAUCCCCUCGAUCAGCCUGACGGCUGGCUGUGUCCCUUCUACGUUCGUUUGGGCGAGAGGCGCUUUGCGGAGAGCCUCUUUGAUCGCGCGCGACCCAGGCUCGUGCUCUGUUCGGCGCAGGGCGCGUCUCAGGCUGCAGUCGACUGCGAAGCGCCGAAGGGAACAGGAGACACAGGGUGCGGUCCUGAGGGAUGCGCAGCAGACGCGAACGGAGCAGGAAACGCGUCGACAGUCGAGCACGCAGGCGUUGGAGAGGGCUGCAGCAACCAGGAAGCGGGGUGCGAAGAAGACCGCGGUGCAAUGGACAUUGAAGAACUCGCAAAGUUCGCCCUGACGUCGUUUUGUUCGCUGCCACCCGAUAGGGGCUGCGUCUCCGUCUCUCGCUCCAGAGUCUCCCAGAAGCAGAGGCAACUGUUGUCCGCUGCCGGCGCGUGUCCGUACCACGCAACGCUCUCGCUUCUACCCGCGGCCGACCUGGUUGUUUGCCCCUACAACUACGUCCUCGACCCGGGCGUGUCGGCGAGCUCGAAGCUUAACGACUUGCUCAAAGGUUCAGUCAUCAUCUUCGACGAAGGUCACAACGUCGAAUCGAUUUGCAGAGAGGUCGGCAGUCUCGACUUGCGCCUCCCACGGCUGGUCGCUCUCUUCCACUGGGCAGAGGCCAUUCGCGGCUACAUCGCCAAGCAGAUCGCGUCUCCAGACGCUGCCGGCGUGCCGCUUUCCUUCGCGCCGUUCUCCUUCGCACCAGAAGCUUUGCAUGCGAAAGACUUCUCUUCCUUCUUUUCAAGUGCACCCGCCUUUUCGACGUCUUCGGAGUCCGCGGCUCUCCCCGCGUCUGGGCACGGGCCGGGAGAGCCUGGCGAAGAGGAGGCCAAGCGGCGCCUGAUCUCUUCGUGUCUCCCUGUUCUCCUCGACUUUCUUGGGCGCCUGAUUCAGGUGGGAGUCAAGGCGACAGAGGGUCGCCGAGCGUUGGCCCGGGCCGUUCAGCAGCACGGGGCCGAGCUCGGCGCAGAGAUCGCGUGGAGACGCAGGGGGAAGCUGCGUGCGGGUCAGGGCGGCAAAACGUGGGCGAGCUGGCGGAGCGGCGCUCCCGGCGGGAGACACAGCGGCCAGGGGCCCGAAGACUCAGAGCGCUUGAUGGCUGUUACUCUGAGGAGAUGGGGCGGGGAGGUCAAACGCCGCGCCGGGGAUGCUCGUGCGCCUGCUUCUUUUUCUUGCCUUCCUUCCCAGUCUUCCGUGGGGCCCUCUGGCGCCGGUCUACUCCGGCCAAUUCCACCCGCGCUUCGUCCGCCUCCCUCGCCCAUGUCGCAGUCUCUUCCUCGGCCCUCCUUUCCUGCUUUCGCUUCUUCUGCUCAUUUUCCCAGGGAGCCCGCUCCACUUCCCCGCGCGUAUUCCGCGCCGACUUUGGACGGCUGCCUGGACUUUCUUCUCGAGAUGGGCGUGGCACGCCCAGAAGCUGAGGCGUACGGCAGCAAGGUGAAGGCGUCGCUCGACGAGAUUCACCGUCUUCUUCUUCUAGCAGAUCCGCAACAAGCUUCGAACGUGACGCGCGACCACGCGAACUGGGGAGACAGUCGAGAGAUGCGAGAGCUGGAGAACCUCGUGCACAUCUUCGCUCUCCUUACUGCCCACCCAAACUGCUACCAGGUGCGCCUGUCCUCAGAACUGCCCGAAGAGGAAGUCGAACGCCUGCUGUCUCUGCCCGAGACGCCCCGGAGCCCCGACCGGACUGGGCCUGCGUCCAGCCCCUGGGGAUCGACAGAAGAGAUGGAUGCAGAACUUGAGGGACAGAGCGAGCGACACGCAGAGCCUGAGCGGACUCGUGCACCGGGCGAACGCGAGACUUCCACUAGCACGUCCAAAACGCUGUGCUUAAGAAACAUGUGCCUUCACCUGUGGCUCCUCGCCCCCGCCGUCACCUUUGAGAGGAUCAGCGCGCAAGCACGAACAGUCAUCGUUGCCUCCGGGACUCUUGAGCCCAUCGAAUCUUUAAUGUCGGAGCUCGGACCCUCUUUCACGCGACGGCUGCUGCCCACGCCUGUGCGUGCGGGCCACGUCGCGGCUCCUGCACAGCUCGCCAUCGCCUGUCUCCGAACGAUGCCGAUCGGCGAGUCUCCGUCCGUUUUUUUCCCGCCUGGAGGUCUGGUGGACGCGCACUCUCCCCAAGUUUCCGGGCCUUUCGCUUCCUCUGCCCCUCCUGCACCCUCCCCUCCCGACUCCAACUCCUGCAUGCAAACGCAGACCUUUUCCGCUUCUUCCUGUCCUUCCUUUCCUUCUUCCGCUGCUUCUGCUCCUGGAUGUCGACAGCGUCCCGCGUCAAUGCAGUCUCUUUCCCAAAGCAGAACGAGUAACCAAGCGUUUCGGUUCUCUCUGCCUGCGCGCCCGUCCGUUUCGCUCUCUCGUUCGUCGGCGUUUGCGGCGGGGCAGUCGGUGCCGCUCGAGUGCACCAACCGGCAGCUGUCGAAUCCGUCUUUUCUCGUCCACCUCGGCUGGUGCAUUGCGCAGCUGGUUCAGGCGAUCCCUGGCGGCAUUCUCGUCUUCUUCCCCUCCUUCAGCAUGUUGGAGCGAGCCCAGAGACUGUGGCGUGCGGGCUCGCGGGGGCGAGAGUUCGGGUCGGACUCGGCGGCGCCCAAGGCCCGAGCGAGGAGACGGAGCGGCGACGAGAAGAGCGAAGGCCCCAAGAAACGUGGAGGCUCUCGGCAGCAUUUCUCCUUUUCACAGGCGCAUGCAGACAAGGGCGGGUGGCAAGCGAGCGACCGCGCCGACUCGGAGCGCAUGCAGUCAGUCUGGCAAGUGCUCACGCUGUUGAAGAAGACCGUGCUUGUGGAGCGCGGGACUGAUGCUCCUUCUCCGCCUCCCGUUUUUUGUCGCCCUCGCCGCCGGUCGGAUUCGGCCUCAGACUCUGAAGAACUCGACCAAGCCCCAGACCCUGGUCGGCUCUCGCUGGCGAGAAGCGACGCAGCAGGCGACGCUGGAGGCGGUUGCGAGAGGGAUCCUAAGGAGGUCUUCUGUGAGAGCGUGGACGUUCAAGGCCAUGCGCUGAUGCUGGCUGUUUACCGUGGCAAAAUGAGCGAGGGCCUGUCGUUCAACGACGACUACUGCCGAGGCGUCAUUUGCAUAGGCAUCCCUUAUCCUGCUUUUCGAGAUCCCAAGAUCGAGAGCAAAAUGCGAUUCAACGACACUCUUCACCUCCUCAGUCCCUCGCCAGAACACCUUCUCUCUUCAGCCUCUCCUCCCGUUCCUGGCCCAUCUUCGUCCGCGUGUCCAGCUCCGCCUCGUCUUCUCGCUUCUUCCUUGUCUUCUCUCUCUUGUCGCUCUUCUCUCUCUUCUCUCCCUUCUGCUGCGUCUUGCCUUCAGCGCGCGAGCGACUCAGAGGCAGCGCGCGAGAAAGGAGAGUCUUUUCUUAGGACGGCGGAAACCGGAGGAAAAGCUGGAGGACAGGACAGCCGCUGCUUGCGCAGCGAAGGCGAUGGAAAGACUCCUACCCUGUUUGCGACGCCCUGGCAGGGAGAAGGGUGGGAGGCGACACCGGCAACGCCCUGGCUAGACGGCCGAAGGUGGUACACCAUCCAGGCGUACAGAGCUCUGAACCAGGCGAUCGGACGGUGCAUUCGACACAUACACGACUACGGCGUUGUCAUUCUAUUGGACUCUCGCCACGUUUUACCUUCCGCCUCCAAGUGUGCAUCCUUUGCGCCUUCGUCUCUCGCUUCUCUCUCCCGUGGCGGUCCAGCCCCUGUGAACGCGCUACAGCGCCCGCCCGAGACCGGCGGCACUUCCCCACACUUUUUUUGCCGGUGGUUCCUCCCUCACCUGCACACUUUCACUUCCUGCGACUCUCUCGUUCAAGCUCUCCGCGGUCACUUCUAUGUCGCCCCGCGCGUUGCCGCUCACAGGCGCCUCCUCGCCGCUUCGGGCCUGCCUGCAGGCACGCACACCCUGCUUGGGGCUGUCGCCUGCGCUUCUUCUCAGCGAAAGGGCGGCGACGCCAGCGUCCAGGGAGACUCGCCGGACAGCGCCGAAGAAGCGAAGACGCAGGCAGAGUCGCGGGCGAGAAAAGAGCUGGACGAGAAGGAGAAUGCACUCCAGAGCGGCCGCGACGGCUGGCCUGGAAACACCGCGAGGCUCGGCUCUCGCCAAGCGCCUCCGCAUGGCAUUGUGCAUGCGUCGCCGCAUGUAGACAGCGAGGCCGCUUUUCCAGUUCGUUUAGCGGCUUCGAGUGACCUCAUACACGCCAAAGAACGGGGCGUAGCGGACACGGGUACGGCGCCUGUGAGGCCGGCCCAGCUCCCAUGCCAGCUGUACGCUUUGCUUCGGGAAGUCUCUUGUGGAAGCGCACACGCAGCAGAAAGGUGUAGAGAGACAGGCGAGGCACGUAGGUCGUCGUGUCCUCGCGGCGCUUCGCCACUAGAUCAGCCUGCGCACAGGAUGUUCGGCCACCGAGUAUUGCCACAGACUGGGUCGUCCGACACGGCACCGGACCAGGAACGAGGGAACGCACCCGACACAGGUGACGAGACACUCGAGGGCAGUGUCUGUACACCUGAGUUUUUGCAGGGCUGCCUGGGCACUUUCAACACCGCACCGCGUGGCCGUGUGCAUCCCACGAAUAGCACACAGUGCACACAGGCUGAGAACGGGGAGGGUGUUUCAGCUGACAACUCUGCGAACUGUGCCUCGCGUCGGGAAGGAGGGAAGCUGGCUGUCUCGACUUCUAUCGAGAGGGAGAGCGAGACUGCAGAAAACAAAGGGUGUUUUUUUGCGGCCGUUCCGUGGAAACGGAGUGGAGACGCCACACAUCCUUUUGCAGAAGAACUGCCUUCUCAAAGGGGGACAGCAGAGACAGCGGCUCGCGCGGACAAAGGGAAUGGGGAGGAAGAAGACGAGGACGAGGUUCGAUGGAAACGCGCCGUCGAGGGGAAGGCGGGCGAGGCUGUCUGCCGGGACGGGCUGGGCGGCACAGCGAGGAAGGCAGACGAGGCGGAAGAAGGCACGGGGGCAGACGCAGGCAGGGAAUGGCGACCGAAUGCCGAGGUAGGGGCGACACGGAAGGAAGACAGCGUGGAAAGAACGGGGGCGGAAAGUUGGGGAAGGCGAGAAGAAGAUCGGGAGGAAUUGGAAGACAUCCUCGCAGCGCUGUGA